AUGGCCCUCCACAAACCCCUGAAGACAGGAAACUCAAUCCGGCUACUGCGUGUCCAUCGUAGCCGCAACGGCCAGAUUGACGGAGAGCUGGAGAGUUUCGUUUUGGGCUCGAGACACACUCCAGCUUACAGAGCCAUAUCAUACGUGUGGGGAGACCGCACAACACACAGAACGAUCGUCGUGAAUGGCUGCACUAUCUCGGUCCUGAUCUCGGUAUAUACCAUUCUCCAAGCACUUUGCGACACGCCGGAGCUUUUUUUCAACAACCGUGACUCCGCCACCCCUGCUUGGACCUGGCUGGACUCAAUAUGCAUUAAUCAGAAAGACGUCGUCGAAGUCGGGCAGCAAGUUGCUUACAUGGCGAAUAUCUUCGGCGAGGCGAGGUCAGCUAUCGUCUGGCUUGGGCCGGCUACUCCACAAACAGAUAAAGGGAUCGAGUUGAUGAAGUUACUGGCGAUGUGCGAGGAGGACAAACCAAUCUCCCAUCCCAUGCUAAAAGACAUCGAAGCCUGGCGAGGCUAUCAAGUGGUCGCCGCAAACCCUUGGUGGAGGAGAGCGUGGACUUUGCAGGAGAGCCUCGUUCCCCAGGAAGUCGUCUAUCACUACGGCACCAAACAUCUGAGCGAGAAGCAAGUGCGACGUGCGAUUCUGGUCACGAACGAGGACUUCAUCCCGAAAUCCGUAUCCCUCGACAUGGAGCCUUGGGCGGCAAUGUGGAACCGUCGGAGGAUAACUCAGUGGUACUGGGGCCGCGAUGUGGCACUGCCAGGCCAAUCAAUUGGCCUACCGGCUUUGCUCGCAUACACUCGACACGCUCAGGCUACUGAUGAUGAGGACUAUAUUUACUCACUUGUCGGAUGCGUCAACGCCACGGAUCGAAGCAUUGUUGGUAAUCCCAACUACGCCCUUAGCGUCGAGUCAAUCUACACUGCUUUUUGUCGGAAGUGGAUUAUGAGACACCAAAGCCUGGACAUCAUCUGCUUCACUACGCUUUUCAAGCCUUGCCGAGCCGGGGUAGAUUCUGGUCUUCCUUCAUGGGUGCCAGACUGGCGUGAUCGGCCUUCUGCAGAGUGGAGCGCUUCGAACCCCGUUCCUCUCCUUGUCAGUCAGCCCGCGAAUAAGUCCAUCGGUAGCCUGAUCCCCAAGAGAUUUGUGUUGGAUGAAAGACAAAGUCGACGUUACAUGGCGGCCGGAGACAAAAGGGCAUACUUCCAGUUCAGUAAUGACAUGGCUGAGUUGAGAUGCAAAGGUGCGACACUGGACAAAAUCGAUGGUCUGGCUGGGAUGGUGGAUUCGCCUCUUCAUGGCAGCACUCAAGUUUGUGAGCCUCUGAUACAGUCCACAUCAUCUUUAAACUGCCCAUCGAUACUUCUAGAGAGCGGGUCUGUUUCAGAUGCCGACUCGAUGGCAGUAGCGGAAGACAUUGCUCUCAGCCUGGUCCUCGGCCGAGCAGAUGUCUAUCUUCAGCAUCCUGCAGAUGCAAAUCGGAUCUUAGCUCAGAUCAAGGCACUUCUUCAGGACGCGGAGUCUGAUGAAGACGUGAAAGAGAGAAGAACCCGAGAAUUCCUCGCGUGGUUACGAUACAACACUUCGCUACUCAUUCGUGGCAUGACCUUGGGCAAGGCCUUAAACCCUAAAAGAUUCGACCACCUACGUCCGCUCCGUGAGGUCGAUGUAACGGCAGCCGAUGGGAGCGAGCACGACAUUCAAUGGAAGUUCAAGAAGGCUGCGACUCUUAGGGAUAUGGCUCGGAGGCUGGCGGUCACGGAAAGUGGGCACGUGGGGAUUGUGCCUCAACAAGCUCAGAAAGGGGAUCUGGUGUGCGUUCUGUACGGAUGCAGUGUUCCUGUCAUCUUGAGGCCGCUAGCGAAGGGGCAGUAUCGGCUCGUUGGUGAGUGUUAUCUGCAGGGAUUCAUGGAAGGAGAGGCUGUUCGAGAUGGAAGGUAUCACACUCAAGAGUACAAUCUGGUGUGA